CAACAUUAGACGACACUAUGAAACGAAACACCAUGACAAAUACAAGGACCUGGACAUGACUCAAAGGAGCCAGAAAGUAGAGGAGAUGAAAAGAAGUUUGGUUUCACAACAGAAUAUGUUUAAAAAAGCCACAUCACAAAGCGAGGCCGCUGUAAAGGCUAGUUAUAUAGUGGCAGCAGAGAUCGCAAAAUCAGCCCGGCCCUUUAAUGAGGGAGAGUUCAUGAAAAAGUGCAUGAUGAAGGUUUGUGACCUCGUAUGCCCAGAGAAAAAACAAGCAUUUUCAAACGUGAGCCUGAGCAGGAACACAGUACCUGAUCGCACAUGUGAUCUUGCCACCAAUCUGUAUGACCAGCUGAUGGAAAAGGGAAAAGAUAUUGUUGCGUUCUCCCUCGCUGUGGAUGAGAGCUGCGACGCAUCUGAUACUGCUCAGCUGUCAGUCUUCAUCCGUGGAGUGGACUCAAAUCUGUGUGUUAUGGAGGAGCUAUUAGGAUUCAAAUCAAUGCAUGGCACAACCACAGGAAAGGAAAUCUUUGAGGAGGUUUCCAAAUGUGUAACUGAAAUAAAGCUGCCGUGGGAUAAACUCGUUGGAUUAACGACAGAUGGUGCGCCAGCGAUGUGCGGUAAAAAGAGUGGACUGGUGGUCAUGGUUCGGGAGAAGAUGCGGGAAGAGAACUGUGCAGGUGAGCUAACUGUUUACCACUGCAUCAUACAUCAGGAAGCACUGUGUGCCAAAGCCCUAAAUAUGGAACAUGUUAUGACCACAGUAACACAGGUAGUUAACUUUAUAAGAGCCAAAGGUCUAAAUCACCGCCAGUUUAAAUCUUUUCUGGAGGAGUGUGGUUCGGAAUACGCAGACGUGCCGUAUCACACAGAGGUGAGAUGGCUAAGCAGAGGAAAAGUACUGAACAGAUGUUUCGAGCUGCGUGAGGAAAUAUGUCAAUUCCUGGAAACCAAAGGGAAGGAUACAGCAGAGCUCCGGGAGCAAAAGUUCCUGUGUGAGCUGGCCUUUCUCUGUGACAUCUCGAGCCAUCUCGAUGCGCUGAACCUGCGGCUUCAGGGGAGGGGGCGCAUCAUCACAGACAUGUACGCUGCAGUGAGGGCCUUCAAAACUAAACUGUGCCUGUGGGAGAAUCAGAUGCUGCAAGGAAACCCUUGCCAUUUUCCCUGCUGCCAAUCCAUAAAAGCGCAGAUCUCUACCGCCAUGUUCCCAUGCGCACAGUUUGCUGAAAAACUCAGUGUUCUCGCCGCUGAGUUUAGCCGGCGAUUUGCCGACUUCGAUGCCCAGAAAUGCAAGUUUGAACUGCUUAGUAAUCCCUUCGCAGUUGAUGUGGAAAAUGCACCAACCAACAUCCAAAUGGAGCUGAUUGAACUCCAGUGCAACGACACGCUGAAGUCAAAGUAUGAUGCUGUGGGCGCCGCACAGUUUCCACGGUUCAUCCCUGACACAAUGCCUCAGCUCCGCACCCAAGCUGCUCAGAUGCUCUCCAUGUUCGGCAGCACUUAUCUAUGCGAGCAACUUUUCUCCUCGAUGAAGAUGACCAAAACAACUCACAGGAGACGUCUGACUGAUGAACAUCUUCGCUCGAUACUGAGGAUUUCUUCAGCUCAGAGCUUGAGCCCAGACAUUGAUGAACUAGCAUCCAAGAAGAGAUGCCAGGUAUCUGGCUUGGGCACAUCAGAUUAGACCAGUGUGCAAUAAUUAACGUUUUCUU